AUGAGCGCGCCCAUCUUAAACUUAAACUUUCUGCGUGCCGGUAAUCGCGGCACUUCCAUCAACUAUGGAGGCGCUAUGCCGAACAUGCAUAUGGCAGCUGUCGACGACUUGAGUCUAAGCGCCACAGACGCUCUGGCCGCCGGCUUCAUGCUACCGCCUGUGGCAGACCCCGCAGCAUACUCUCGCGAGCACUUUAAAGUCAAAUAUACAGAUGAUAACGAGCAAUCGCUGAAGUUUGCGAAAGGUACCACCACCUUGGCCUUUAUCUAUAACGGCGGUAUUGUCGUUGCCGUAGACUCGCGCUCUACAAUGGGUCCAUUCAUUGCGUCCCAGCAGGUGAAAAAAGUCAACCCCAUUAACGACUACAUCUUAGCUACACUAGCUGGUGGUGCUGCUGAUUGUCAAUUUUGGCAGCGCAAUUUGGCUGUACAGUGUCGUAUGUACGAAUUGCGCAAUCGUCAUCGUAUCUCUGUUCGCGCAGCCUCGAAACUUAUUGCCAACACGUGUAAUUACUACAAGCGCUACGGAAUGUCGCUAGGUAUGAUGAUGAUGGGUUAUGAUGACGGUGUGCCUGUGCUCUACUAUGUGGACGACGAAGGUUCUCGUAUUCCCGCGAGCAAGGAUGUGCCCAAAUUCAGCGUCGGCUCAGGAUCUACUUACGCUUAUGGUGUGCUGGAUACCAACUGGCGCUGGGACCUCACGGACGAUGAAGCCGUGGAACUCGGCAAACGUGCUAUUUACCACGCGACUCAUCGUGAUGCAUACAGUGGUGGCUUUUGUAACGUCUACAUCUUUAAACCCGAAGGGUUCCAACACGUCGUUCACCAAGAUGUUAAGGAAUUGCACGACUACGAUCGUGGCUAUUAA